ACUUCAAGUUUCAACUUAUGCUAGCGUUGAAUAUUUUAACGGGAUCUGCUACCAAAGCAUUUUCGAGUUAGUUCUCAGAGUUGGCUUACAAUCGUUCGUUUUGAAAAAGAACACGUUUGUUGAGAGCACAACUGGGAAAUUUGUCGAAAACGAAUUAGAAUGGAGGACAUACUUGCAGGAAUUAAUGCAAAAAUUAAUUUUAAUCAAAAUUCUUUUAGAAAUGAACGAAGAUAUAAACUUAAUGAUCCAAGAACAUUUAUAUAAGGUUUUACAAGGUGACAUUGUGUUUUAUUGGAUGAAAGUUCAGGCAACCGUCAACAAACCUGGUAAUUAUUUAUCCG